AUGUCUCCUCCUGAUCCAAUCUUAGGGACAGCAAUUGCCUAUAAAAAAGAUAAUUCUCCUUAUAAAAUUAAUUUAGGUAUUGGUGCCUAUAGGACUAAUAAGGGGACACCUUAUGUAUUCAAGGUUGUAAAAGAGGCAGAGAAGGAAAUAUUAGAAGAUGAAUCAAUUGAUAAAGAAUAUCUUCCUAUUGAUGGUCUACCUGAGCUUAAACCUUAUGUAUAUCUUAGUAACCCUACAUGGGCAAACCAUCAUAAUAUCUUUGGCCCUGGCGUGGGUCUUACUAUUCGCGAAUAUCCUUACUGGGACCCCGUAACAAAAGGUGUAGAUUUUGAGGGUUUAACUCGUGUACUAAGAGAAGCCCCAUUAAGAUCUGCUGUUGUAUUGCAUGCAUGCGCACAUAACCCUACGGAGGCACAAUGCGAACUUCUUACCAGCAAAUGGCAUGUCUACCUCCUUAAGAAUGGCCGAAUCAGUAUGGCGGGAAUAAAUGAGGAUAAUGUUGAUUAUUUAGUGGAGGCAAUAGAUGAUGUUGUUCGUCAAUUACCUUCUUCUUAA